GGAGGACCAUAGAAAGGAAUGAAAAUAAAAAAGAGGCCACAGAAGGGCUCUUGGUUUUUCAGGGCCACGGAAGGAAACGUUAUUUGCUUCAGGGCCUUCCAACGAAUUUUCCCUUAUUCCAAACGGGGCCUGAGAGGAGCUGGAAGAGGGAGGAGAAGAAAAAAAAAAACCAGCUCACGCGGCUCCUCCACCACGCCUACCAUCUUUUUGCCCCGGGCUCCGCCUUCUCGCGCGUGGCACCAGCCUCUUCGCGCGCUCUGCCUUGCGAGCCCUUGCGCCUGCAGGUGGCGAACGGGUGCGGGAGGCUAAGCGGCGGCCGGCCGGCGGUGGGAACCCGAGGCGGGGCGGGCGGGUGCAGGAGGCCGGGUGGCUGCGGGAGCAGCAGCCGCGGGGGGCUGGAGGUGGCUGCGGGAGCCCAUGGCGCUGCGGGCCACGGGAGGAGGCCAAGCUGGAGGUGGCGGCGGGAGCCCAUGAUGCUACGGGCCACAGCGGGAGGCCGGGCGGCGACAGGAGCAGGCGGUCGGUCGAUGACGGGAGCAGCGGCGCUUGGAGCUAGAGGGGGGAGGGAUAAGGAGGAUGGAGAAUGGGAAGAAAAGAUAAUCUGUAGCUAAAAAAACUGCUCCACCGGAGAAGGAGAAGCCGGAGCUAUUUUUGGACAUGAUCAAACGGGGCUGGAUGGAGACUUAAGACUUAAAGAGGGAGUGAGAGACAGACUGACGGUAAUCGAGUUCCAGCUGCAAACAAACCAAACUGCAAUCGAGCUCCUUUGACCUCCCAUCUGGACCGGACCGGACCUUCUUUUCAUCUUCUUGGCAAGUGAUUUGCCUGGAAAGGGCUCGUCUCGAAAGCAUCUUGGGAGCCAUUCAGUUCAUUCAAUCCACCGGACAGCAAUGGGAUUUGUCGAGGAGAGCAAGAGAUCCCUGACGGUUGCCCCCUUUGAGUGCGCCUGGGGCGAGGAGCUUCGCUUCGGGAAGCCUGGCCGUGGCUGCGUCGCCUUCGAGGCAUCGGCGCAGAACGACGUCACCCUGGUGUUCCGCCAGCAGCCUGGGAGCCAGCACUACCACUACAAAAUGGACAGCAGCCGCCACUACACUGUCAUCUUGGGCAGCCACAGGAACAAACGGCUCAGGAUCGAGGUGGAUGGAAGCACCGUUGUUGAUGUUGUUGCCCUCGGCCUGUGCUGCUCCUCCUCCUUCCAGGCCUACUGGAUCAGCAUCUACGACGGCUUAAUCAGCAUCGGCCGAGGAAGGCAUCCCAACACCAAUCUCCUGUUCCAGUGGCUCGAUCCCGAUCCCAACCCAAAUGUUCAGUACGUCGGCCUAUCCAGCUGGGACAAGCACGUAGGGUACAGGAACAUAAGCAUUCUCCCAUCAGCUCCCCAAAACAGCAUACUUUGGAGCCACUACGUUCAUUCGGAGCAAAGGUUAUGCUGUGGGAAACGAGCCACAAGAGAUGACUCUGAAUCUGACCAAAGGCUACUUGCAGACUUUCUGGAGAGUUGGGACUUCUCUGAUGCAAUAUUUGUGGUUGGCACUGAAAGAAAGGUUGUUCCUGCACACAAAGUUGUCCUCUGUGCUUCUGGAGAUUUUCCUUUUGAACUAGUGGAUGGAGCUACCAUUGAACUUCCAUCAGUAUCCUACCCAGUUCUCCACUCCCUUCUUGAGUAUAUCUACACAGGUUCCACACAGAUUGCUGAAUGGCUACUAAGUUCUCUGCUCGAGUUGAGCUCGCAUUUUAAAGUCAAACCAUUGGUGAAGUGUUGUGAAGAAAUCAUCAUCUCUUUGGAAGUGGAUAAGAAUUUUUCUGCAUCUGGCAAACUCUUAAAAUUAUCAAGUAGCGGAUUUCAAGAUCACAAAUUUGGUUCAUCCCCUCUCAAAGGCCCAAUUAAUUCACAGAAAAUUGGACAGUUCCUUGCAAAUGGCAAAUAUAGUGAUAUAAAUAUCUAUGUUAAUGGACAUGGUCUUGUUGCCAAGGGUCACAAGCUUAUCCUUAGCCUGUGGAGCAUGCCGCUUGCCAAGAUGUUCACAAACGGGAUGAAGGAAAGUAGUGCCUCCGAUGUCUUUUUCAAAGAUGUUCCUCCUGAAGCAUUCUUUCUCCUCCUUCAGUUUAUGUACCACGGGGAGCUUAAGGUGGAUACCCAGGAUAUUACAUCAGUGUUGGUGCAGCUGCUUCUAUUAUCAGAUCAGUUCGCCAUCACUGUUCUUCAGUUUGAAUGCUGUAAACAAAUAAUGGAAUGCCUUUCAGAGGACACAGUAUGUUCAGUCUUACAGGCGGUUUCAUCAAUCCCAUCUUGUAAACUGCUUGAGGAAGUUUGCAAGAGGAAUUUUGCAACGCACUUUGACUAUUGCACAACUGCUUGCACGGACUUUGUUUUGUUAGAUGAGGCAACGUUUAAGGAUAUUCUUCAGCAUGGCGAUAUGACGGUAACAUUGGAAGAGAGGGUUCUGGAUGCCAUCUUAACAUGGUGCAUGGGGACUUGUGAAACUUUUUACUGGACUUCAGUAGAUAAGCUCUUGAGAACUUCAACACCUGAGCAACUCUUUGGAAAGAGGCUUUCCGCCGUCGGUACUUUACUGCCAUUUGUGAGGUUCCCUUUGAUGCAGCUGCCAAUGCUAAAGAGGAUGGAGAGAAGUAAUCUGGCGAACCGCAUACAAGCAUUCAGACAGCUGGUUGCAGAAGCCAUCAAGUUCUCUCAUGCUGGACAAUGGACGCCUACGUCAUAUGAAUGUGAGAGAUUUCAGCACAGGCGCUCAAGCUAUAAAGAGCUCCAGUAUAUCUCUGAUGGUGAUAGCAAUGGUGUUAUCUACUAUGCCGGAACAUCAUUUGGAAAACAUCAAUGGAUGAAUCCUGUAUUAGCCAAGAAUAUCACUGUGGUGGCAAGCAGCCCGAAUUCCAGGCACACGGAUCCAAAGGCUUUGGUUUCAAAGAAUUACCAGGGGACAUGCUUUGCUGGGCCUUGUAUUGAAGAUGGAAAGAAGCUUUCUUGGUGGAUGGUAGACAUCGGGCAGGACCAUCAGCUGAUGUGCAACUGCUACACGGUGAGACAGGAUGGCUCCACAACCUUCAUGAGGUCCUGGGUUCUUCAGGGAUCCAUGGACGGCCGGAACUGGACGAGCCUCCGCGUCCACGACGGUGAUGCUACCAUUUGCCAUCCCGGGCAGUUCGCGUCGUGGCCCAUCGUUGGCCCGCCGGCCCUGCUGCCCUUCCGAUUCUUCAGGGUGGCCCUGACGGGCCCUGCCGCCGGCAGCGUCUCCAACGCUUGGAACCUCUGCAUUUGCUUCCUCGAGCUCUACGGCUACUUCCGUUAGAAGAGGACCGUGCCAUUUUUUUUAUUGGCUUUGUACUUACACCGUGUACAUAUAUAGCUCUGUACUGCUGGACAUACGGGCUUGCUUGAAUUUCGCUGUCUUCUUGUUGCAUAUCAAAAGAUGCUGUAUAUAUGCUUUUGUUUGAAGAUAAAUAUACUCGAGGGAAAACAUGCUGGCAGUGUUGAUCGAGCUUAUCAAAUGAAUAACAAAGAUUGUUUCCA